GAUUUUGCAUUGCAUCAGCCAUUAUUAAGCCCGUAUGAUAACAUUGAAAAAUUGUGUGAGGUAUUCCGAGUGACUUCCGAUUGGAGAAAAAAUGUCAACAUUCGCCAUUAUGAUUCUCCGUAGGAAAUCUGUUUUCGUUCCUGUGAAUUUUUAUGAGGGAAAAAUGAUAAUGUGGGCAUGAAGUUAUAUUGGAAAUGCUACCUUUCAUCGAUUUCAAUUGCACUUCUUUAACAGAUAUUUUUCCAUCUCUGAGAACAAGUCAUGAUGGAAAAUACCCUCCAAGAGGUUCUGGAUAAAUAUAAAGAAGAAAAUGUUAUCACUUCUAAACAACACAAUUGUCUAUACGCAUCUAUUCUAGAACAGACAAGUGAAAGAGGAAGAUUGGAGCAAGCUUUAUACAGCAUUCAUGUUAUAGAUCUACCUUCAUUCUUUUCAAAAAAUUUGGAAAGUUUGAAAAACAUACCAGCUGUAGACAAUAUUGACAAAUCAGUGACACAAAGAAUUUUCCUUCAUCAGUUUGUAAACCGUGUGGGUUUUUUGCACGUAUCACGCCGUGGUCAUAACUUAUAUCUGCAUGCCUUAUUUCAUGAAAAUAAUGACCUCAAACAGCAACUGGAGACAAGAUAUCAGGCAGAUUUUACCCUAUUUGAAAACCCCCUUCAUUUGGCAGUAGAAUGCUGUCUGCUUGAGAUGGUGAAGUCUCUAGUCAACGACAAAGGAAUAGAUGUAAACUGUGUUGAUAGUGAAGGAAACACACCUCUUCAUUGGCUCAUGAAACAACAACUUACCUUUGAUGACCAGAGGACCAACCCAGAAAAAGUCAAUAGAAUUUUUGAAUUUCUAAAGGGCAAGGGGGCAAAAGUGAUGGCUAAAAACAGAAAAGGACACUCCCCUCUCCAGUACGCCGUUAUAUACAAAACACCUGAUGUUGAUCAACUAAUAAAUAUGUGUCAGGACUUCACUGAUUUCAAUACAGAGGCCCAUAUUGAAGUUUUAGAACUAACAGCAGCACUCUAUAUGACCCAAGAACCUGAACAAGUUGACCUGUAUGAAAAAGGAGUUGGAACAUUAAAGUCUGCUUUUAGUUAUAGGAAACAAUAUGAUAUUCCAAACACUGGCAAAAUGCCUCCUCGAGAGCUGUUUUUCAAUGUUGUGGAACCAGUCACAGACACAGAGCAGGACUGGGAUGAUUUAUGCCAAUCUGGAUUCGAUGGAAUAAAAGCAAGACUUAUCCUUUCUCUCUUGAUUUUCGAAAGAAUAUUGGGAUGUGAACAUUUAUGUUUUCUACGAGGAUGCUUAAAAUAUAUCAAACUUUUACGAGAAGAACAUGAGCAAGGAAAAGUGACAGACUACCAGUUUUUGAAUGUUUUGCAAUGUUAUUGCAAAUUUGUGAGAAAAGAAAAAGUUUUGAAAAAUGAUCUCUGCAGUGUCGAUAACCAUGUGAAUAAGCAUUUUGAUCUGAGUUACUUUUACACCCAUAGGAAAAGAUUUUCCACUGAUUUUCUUUUAAGUGUAUUGUCAUCUGUAUUUGUUGGGGUUUUUCAGAUGAAAAUUGAUCAAGGUCAUUGGCCCGAUGAUGACAACCUUGCUGAUUUAAUGUAUUUUUUGGAUGCCAUUAUGUCGAGAAAUCUGUCAACUGACAAUAGAGCUAGCCUGACUCAAUCUGUGACAGAAAUUGUCAAAGCUUGGAAUUCAGCCCCUAGAUCUACUUCAAACGGAUAUGAUUCUGAAUCUGAUGAUGAGCCAUCAAAAUAUUCAGGAUUAGUCAAUUGUAUUGUAUCUCUAAUGCAAGAUGAUUUCCCUGAGAGGGCCUUUCUCGAUGAAGAUCGCGAGUUCGAUCAUGGUCCAGAAGUUCUGGAAUUAUUUCUGGAUUGUGGGGCAUUAAUUAAUGAAGUAUCUGAUGAGGGAAAUAUCCUUCACUGUUUCUUUUCAGAUUAUUUUUAUAAUGGCCCACUGUUGGGUUCUGACAUAAACAGAGAGGCACAAAGAAGAAGAAUUGUUCAAAUUGCGCUUGAAAGAGGGAUACAUGUAGACCAGGUUGGUGGAUAUCAAGGAAAGACUGUGCUGGAAAUGGCAAUAGGCACGAAAUUUUAUCGCACUUUGAAAAAUCCUAAAUACAGAAGUCUGAAAUGCCUUGCAACUUCUGUCAUCAUAAAGAACAACAUUUCAUUCAGACAGGAUGUUCCUCCAGAACUGAUUCAGUGGAUAGACUUCCACAGGGGAGUGGGAGAAAUCUGAUCUUUUGACAUCUGAAUGCCUCAAAAAAUAUAUUUUGUUGCAGUUUGAUAUACCUCAUUGAAAUCAAACUCUUUGAAUCAUGAUAUGAAAAUGUGGUUUUAAUAUUUGAUGGACAAUAUAAUGGGGUAGAAAUUAUGGAAGGAAAUUCAUUAAUUUUUUUAAGCUCUAAAUAAUUGGUCAGAAGGGUUUAUACAAGAAAUUGAAAAUGUCGCAGGGGCCAAGCCCGUUUUAACAUUAAUUUCAAUGUAACCAUAAUUAAUUUCAAUGUAACCAUAAAUAAAGGUUACAUUGAAAUUAAUGUUAAAAUGGGCUUGGCCCCUGUGGAAAUUGUCUUUGAUACAGAUUCUUUAUACUUCUUUAUUAUCUUAAAACAUAUAUUCUGAACUUAUUCUUGUAAGUGCCAUUAACAUACUGGUCCUUGAAAACUUCAAAUGCAUUGAAUCUCUCAAUAUUCUACUCAGUAUUAAAUGAUCUUUUUUUACUUUCUUAUGUCACCUGAGUCACUCAGGUGACCUAUUGCAAUUGGUCCUCAUCCGUCGUCAUCUGUUAAUAAUUUUACGUUUUUAAAUUUAUCUUGACAACUACAAGGCCAAUUAUUACC